AUGAAUCGAAGACGAUUUCAUCCUAAUCAUCGUCGAACAAAACCAAUACUUCCAAUAAAUGAUACAGAAAAUCCUGUAUCAAUAUCCCAAGAAAUAUUUGAUGAAUGUGAAAAAUUAAAACAAAAAAUUCUUUCAUUAACAAAUGGUAAAUCAGAUAUAUGGAUUUAUCGACAAGAAUUACUUGAUCAAUAUGAGCAAUUAAUUUUAUUUGAUCUUGAUUAUGCAAUUGAAAAAAAAAUUGAACAUGAUCUAUGGACAAUUGUUUUUAAAAAUGAAAUUAGCUAUAAACAAGAACAAUUAAAAGAAAAUAAUCAACAUCAAGUUAAACGUGCAGAAAUUCAAACAAGUUUACAAAAUUUCUAUGAAUAUGCUAGAGGUUAUUAUAUGAAAUUAUUACAAAAUGUUGUUCAUUCAUAUAAUUUCGAAAAUUCUAUAUGUAAAUUAACUUUUUCAUUAUCACAAAAACGUAAUCAACAUUCAAAUCAUAAUCGUUCAUGUAAAGAAGCUUCAAUGCUUUAUUUUAUUCAACAUAUUCUUGUACAUGUUGGUGAUUUAAAUCGUUAUUCAAAUCAAAUUGAUUUAGCUAAAACAUUUUAUCAAUAUGCUAUACAAACAAUACCAUGUUUAGGUCAACCAUAUAAUCAAAUAGCUAUAUUACAUGAAAUGAAAAAUCCUUUAUCAUUAUUAACACCAGGACAAAAUCAAUUAAUAACAACAUAUUAUUAUAUUCGAAGUAUAGCAAUAAAAGUAACAUUUCCAUUAGCAAUAUCAAAUUUAGAAAAAUUAUUUAUACGUUUAAAAGAUAUACCAAUAACACGUUAUGAACAACAACCACAAAAUGAUUUUUUAACAUUAUUUUUACAAAUAAUAGCUAUGAUUAAUUUAGAAACAAAUCUUAAUGAUAUUCAUAUAUUUAUUAAUUUAUUUCGAAUGAUAAUUAUUAAAAAUUUUAAUCAAGUAAAUUUUAUACAAAUGAUAACAAUUAUUAUGUUUACAUUACAUCGUACAUUAGAUUUAUUACCACGUUCAUCAUCAUCAAAAAAACCUGAAUUACAAUAUGAUAUUAUAUUAGAUUUAUUUAUUAUUAUUAUUGAACAAUGUCUUGAAGCAAUACAAGUACCAUUAUCAAUGAUGAUUAUUGAUGAACAACAUAUUUUACCAAUACUUUAUCUUUCAUUUGCUUAUUUAUCUAAUAUACAAAAACAUAAAAAUGAUUUAUUUGAACAUAAUGUUUUCAAACAAAAACAAAUUAUGUGGAAUUCAUUAGCAAAAUUAUUACGAUCAUUUGGAGUUUAUGCAUCAAAUCUUAAUAUUACUAAAGGUAUUCUCGUAACUAACUUAUGA